CCGGAUGAGGAAACAGCAAUUGAAUUUGUCGAAGAACUUUCAAUAUCAAAUGCAAAUAUGUCUUUGUCUGGAAAUAACUUGUGAUGCUAGCUUGCCAAUGAUGGGCCGCGUACUGCAAUACGCAGCCACGCAUGACAAGUUUCUGGGCUCCUUUGUGUUUCGCUUUCCGCAUGGCAAACUGCGCUUUUGCAUGACAGGCAAGAGGCUCGCUUCCUGCUCACGCAUUGCAGAUUCAGCUGUCAUGUGAGACAAGCAUGACAUUCUUCCAAACCCAGACACUUUUGCAGUGCAUAUUCAAACCGGGACGGGCUUUCACUUCGUUGACCGGGGGUAUUUCAAGCACUUUCCAACUAGAACAUCGGCGGGAGAGGGGGGUGUUGAGGGUGAGGAUGAAGACGGACAACCGUCAGCUGGAAUUACGCAGCGUUUGCAUGACAAAAAAGACCACGACUACCUGGAG